AUGACCACCUCCCUGCCCGUCCCCACCACGAUCGUCACGCCGCCCAGCCGCAGCUCCACCCCGUCCGGGUCGAGCACGGCGGGCAGCCCCGACUCGACGUCUGCCACCCGCGCGCCGGAACAGUGGUGGCAGUGUUCCGGCAACCACGCACAUUUCAAUCUCGGCCGCCAGUGCAAACCCGUGCCCAUGCGCCUCGCAGGCGAGCAUGUCAUGGGAUGCUUGUACUGCAGGCGCGACCUCAGUUUUCUCCCAAAGCUCCCUGCCGCUGCGGCCAUUGCGUCAGGCAACGCUUUCAAGGCCUUUUGA